AUCACAUCUCAUAUAUUCAUUAUAAAUUUACCCAAGAAAUCCUACUUUUACCCAUCACAUCAAAUAAGGAUAUACUAUAUAUAUGAUAUUUUUAGAAACUCAAGACCAAAAUACACUGCCUUAAAUUUCUUACAAAUCGAAAUCUCUCAUGCUUUAAGGGAUGGAGGGAGUAAUUAGAAACAUUGGAAGCUUAGGAGCUGGAAAUUCGAAAGCUUACGUGUCUAACGUUGUUGUGAACGGAGCAAAGCUUUCUGGAACCGCAAAUGGGGUCAGGAUCAAGACCUGGCAGGGAGGAUCGGGGACGGCAAGCAACAUCAAAUUUAAGAACAUACAAAUGCAUGGUGUGGAGAACCCUAUAAUUUUAGACCAAAACUAUUGCGACCAAAAGAAGCCAUGCAAAGAAGAGAGCUCGAAUGUGGAAGUGAAAAAUGUUGAAUACGAAAACAUAUCAGGAACGAGUGCUACAGAGACGGCGAUCGAGUUUGAUUGCAGCAAGAGGUAUCCGUGCCAAGGGAUACUUCUUCGCAAUGUGAAUUUGAAAAGGGAAGGAGGCGGUGAUGCUAAAGCUUCAUGCAACAAUGUGAGCUUCAGAAAUGAUGUUGAGAGUGACGGUGUCUCGCCAUUAUGUAAUUAAUUAGUUCUCCACAAAUUACACUAGCUUAUUAUACACACUAUUUAGUUGUACUACGAAAAUUAAAGAUAUACUCCGAUCCCUACUAUGUACCCAUCCGCCAGUAUAUUUUAAUUAAUGUGAGUAUAUGAAUAAGGUUAAUACUUCCCGGCCAUGUGGUGGAACAUCCUUAGCUUCUUCACAAAAGUUCUCUUCGGGUUGCAACAUAUUUCCAACAGUGAACAAGUGAUAUUGCACCUGAGACAAAAUGGAAAGAAUAAUUAACAUGAAUACAUGUUUUGUAACUUA